UGAAGAUGAAUUACUUUAUGGUGGAUCAAAGAAAUCUAUUCAUCUUGUUACUGGUCUUCUGGAAAUCGCAUUGGAACGUCGCUGGUUGCAAACCAGUACACGAUGUAUGGAAGUUUCUCAGUUUUUGGUCCAAGCUAUGUGGUUUCAAGAUAAUCCAUUAGUCCAAUUGCCAUAUGUGACUACUGAUGUUUUUAAAAUAAUGAAGCAAAGAAAAAAGAAUAUAAGGAGUAUAGUACAAUUGCGAAAAAUGAAGGACGAUGAUAUUAAAAAUAUCAUAAAAUUAUCAAAUGAUUCUGAAUACGAUAUACUUAAAAAUAUCGCUAAUCUCUAUCCCAUUAUGCAAAUUGAUGAUGCUUAUUUUAAAGUAACUGGAUAUGAUGUCAUCACACCUGGAUCUCUUGUUACAUUAGUGGUCAAA